GCAGUAACUGUCCCACCUAAAGAGCUCUGAGAGGAGGAGUGACCAAAAGAGACAGGGCUCCCCCUGGCCGGCUAGAGUCGAGGCUUUGCUGCUCCGCGGCCGGCCACGGGCGCGUCCCGGGAUCCCUGGAAAGGCAGCGAUGGCUGCGGAACCGGAGCUGAUUGAGUUAAAGAACUUGGUCCGCUACCCCGACGGGCUGCGGGGGCAGGAGACUGGCCGGAGUCCGGGCCCUAGGAGUCCAGGCCGGCUGGAGCGCGCCAAUGCGCUGCGCAUCACCCCGGGCCGCGGCCCUGACGUGCUGCCCCGCGGCCGUCAAGUCCGGCUGCUGGGCGGCCACAGCGAUCCCCGACUCACCGCGGGACCGGGCCGGGGCCACUGCUUCCGCCCAUCGGGACCCGGCACCCACACUUGGUGCGACCUCUGUGGGGACUUCAUCUGGGGCGUCAUUCGCAAGGGCCUGCAAUGCGUCCAUUGCAAGUUUACUUGCCAUUACCGAUGCCGGGCCCUGAUCCGUUUAGACUGUUUUGGUCCCCGAGAACUGAGCUUGGAGCCUACCUUGGAAAGAGACACCAAUGUGGAUGAGCCACUCGAGUGGGAGAAACCAGUCCUGUCUCAAACUGAGAUUGAGCAGAAGAUCAAGGAGUACAAUAGCCAGAUCAACAGUAACCUCUUCAUGAGCCUGAACAAGGACGGCUCCUAUACUGGUUUCAUCAAGGUACAGUUGAAACUUGUGCGUCCGGUGUCUGUGCCCGCUACCAAGAAGCCCCCUACCCUGCAGGAUGCCAAGCGAACCGCUGGGAAGAAUCAGGCCGUGAAGCGCCGUACCUCCUUUUACCUCCCCAAAGACACAGUCAAACACCUGCAUGUGUUGUCACGAACACGGGCCCGAGAGGUCAUUGAGGCGCUGCUCCGAAAGUUCCUGGUGGUAGAUAACCCCCGGAAAUUUGCCUUAUUUGAGCGUGCAGAACGUCAUGACCAAGUGUACCUGCGAAAGCUGUCGGAUGACGAGCAGCCCUUGCGCUUACGGCUGCUCGCAGGGCCCAGUGAAAAAGCUUUGAGUUUUGUCCUAAAGGAAAAUGAGACUGGGGAUGUCAACUGGGACGCCUUCAGCAUGCCUGAGUUACAUAAUUUCCUUCGGAUCCUUCAACGGGAAGAAGAGGAACACGUGCGACAAAUCCUCCAGAAGUACUCUCGUUGCCGCCAGAAGAUGCAGGAAGCACUAGGAGCCCGCCCUUUGGGAUGACCCCCCUCCCCAUCUCCUUCUUGACCCGACUUGAGGGUCAGGUUGCUUAAAGGCUUCGAGAGGUCACCAGGCCGAAUGGAUGGGGGGUGGCGGGGGGGCAGCACCGAAUGGAUGUCAUAUGAAUGUGUCGGGCCUGAGGAGUGAGUGUGUGUGGAGGCUUCCCAACUGAGGGGGAGCCAGCUAGGUGUGUGGGGACAUGGGAUGUCCUUGAUGUAGCAUCGUGGCUGCUACUCUGGAAUGACAGCGACUAAAGAGCUCUCUUGUAAAAUAGAGCUAGAACAGAAGAGUCCCUGGGGCUCAUUGUGACACAUCUGGGAGGGGGGCUGGGACAGGGCUCAGAGAGGACAAUCUUGGAUUGGGCAUUCUCUGUUCCCUCUGCCCACCACCCCCAGAAAGUCCCCUCUACCGCGAGAACACCAAGGCGGCAGCUCUCGCGGAGAGCUCCCAGGCGGCCAACAUCUGUAUAGCUCAAGGCUGAGCUCGAGCAUUGCUCUAUAUUCUGUUGGCUUGCUUCAGAGACAUUGUGCUGGCCCACGCUGAACACAGCCGAGACACAGUCUCAUUAGGGGUAAAAUAGCUUCAGCUAAACACAGUGACUCGCUGAGGUCCAUUAGUUUUUAUGACUCCGUGGGACCAGCCCCACUAAAACAGAACAAUUGGGAGCUUAAGAUGUAUAGGGACCCUUGGGUAUACAGGGAAUAAAAUGGAUUUGACUUCAGUGAUCACCUUUGGAGAUCGAAUCCAGCAAGCACCUCCAUUAGGAGGACAAGAUUGCUGGCUGGAGGUGCAGUCAUGGUGAAUGAGGGGGUUCAAAAGGAUCCUAGAUGGCAAAAAGAGCUUCAUUAUUGCUGCUAGGCUCUGAGGGCGUGGCCAUUCACCCCAGGUGCUAACCAGAGUGAGGGUAUUUCCCUCACAAGUAUUUGUCAUGGUCUGUAUGUUUCUUGAUCUCAGCUGAGUGACUCCCAGGUGGAGAUGAUAGAAUGUGUGGGACCUGUGGAUGACUGCUGGGUGUGUCACAAAAAAAGGGCCUGGGGCCCAAGAGGAAUCCUGUAAUAAUAAAGCUUGGGCCAAUCAUUCUACCUUCACAA